AUGAAUAUUGAAAACCGUGUUAAAGCAUACGUUGAUUCCGGACUGUCUGCAGCAUCUGGACUUCAGCCAACAGAAAUUCGUGAAUUGCUAGAAGUGUUUAAUCUAAGAGACACUCACCAAACUGGCACUAUUUCAGCCAACGAGUUUGCUAAACUGCUAAAGUAUAUUGGACUCGAUAUACUUCAGUCCAAUCUUAGUAUCAAUCAUUGA